UUCACUUAGGUCAUUCUAGAUCUAUGAUUGUCGGUGAUUGGUGAUUAUCGAAGUUUCUAGUCGGUCUAUUGUCGACCCUAGUUCUCUUGUUUACCUAAUGAGAGAGACCGGACCAUUUUUUUUGGGAAAAGGAAGAAUAGUCGGUCACAAUUUUUUUGUAAUUAAUUAUUAGUUAAACAUAUAAUCUUCUCGAUUGUUGAUAUUUGUGGGAAUGAAGUGUUUACAUACAUGUAUUAUGAUGAUAUAAAACAACAGGAAAGAUCUCGUCUCAAAUGUAUAAUAAAUUUCUAACUGGCAAAAUUCCUGAUUAGGUACACGUGCAACACAUGCUUGUUUAGCAACUAAUAAUUUGGAAUAGUUUUUUGCACGAUCUUAGGGAUUCUGCUUGUUCCAUAUAUUGGCCAGAAAUAUAUGCUGUAUUAUUUAUGAAAAACAAAGCUAUAUUUUGUAACAUCAGAUGAAAAAACUAUACAAGACAUAACUAUACGUCAAGCAUUAAAAGACUGAAAAUUUAGCUGAAUUUGAAUGGAUUUACUUGUAAUUUAUGUUGCUUAAUCUCUCAACCUAACUUUAACUCAAUCUUAGAACUAAAAGAGUUCUGAAGAAGCAUCAUUGAUAAAUCUGUUAUUCGAUAUCAUGGAUUUCGAUAAGUACAUUAAAGAAGAUCCAGAAGGGGUUUACAAUCUACAUUUUUUGAACAAAGACAAGCUCACUGUAUAUGAGAUAAAGCAAAUAUUUUCAAUUUAUGGAAAUGUUUUAGGUGUAAAUGUUACUAAGGAUGAAACUGGAUUUAGAUUUAUUAAAUAUGGAUCCUUAGAUGAAACAAUAGCUUGUAUAAAAGGUUUACAAGAUAGUAAGAUACAGUUAUUGUUAGAAAGAAGUAAAAUAAAGGAUAGAAAAACGAAUAGAAAAGAUUUCAAUAGUGAAAACUUGUCAAAUAAUGGAGGAAACAGCACUCAUAAAAUUUUCAAUGAAAAUAAUGGAUCUAGUGACAUUUUAAAUACUUCUCAAAACUCUAUAUAUAAUCAUAAAUUUAUUUCAAAUGUAACUAAAGAAAAUUCAUCAGUAUUCGAUGAAAAAUCUUCAUUGUUUUCAAGACAAACUUCCAAGGAGAAUAAUUCUUCAGUUACAAUGGAUUAUGAAAAGUAUUAUAGGACAACAAAAGAUGGAGGUUUUAGUGUACAUUUUGCAAAUAAGAAAGGACUAUCCUCAGAAUAUAUAAAAGAUACGUUUUCAUCUUAUGGAACUGUUGUAUCCAUAUAUGAAGGAGGUGGUUCCAAUGGAUUGAAAAUCAUAAAUUAUAAAACAUUAGAUGAAGUGAUAAAUUGUUUAAAAGGUCUUCAAAAUGAUAGUCAGAUAUCAUUGUUACCACAAAAAGAUAAAUUGGGAAGCGAAGCAAAAGCAACUAAUCAAAACAGUUCGAAUCAAUGGCAGGCAGCAAAGAUGGAAGAUAUUUCGCAAAAGAUGUUUAGCACUGAUGAACAAUUUGAUUCAAAUUCUACUCAUCAUGAGGAUAAUAAACAGGAAAAAUUGUCGGAAUAUAGAGGCAAACCAUUUUACAGUUCAAGAAAUUUUGAUUCGAAUAAAUUCCAAGGAAACAAUUUUUUAGAUACUGCUCGCAAUUCAGGACAUGACUAUAAAUAUAAUGCAGAUGAAAUUAAACAGAAGAAUGCAGGUUUUCAAACAUUUGAUGAAACAUAUUCAUUUCCAAAACAAAAUCCCAUUAAUAAUGAAGAUUAUAAUCAAGUAAUGAGAAAAAAGCAAGAAGAUACUAAAUUAUAUUCUUCAAUGAAGACUGAGACAGAUAGCAAAAUCGAUAAAAAUAGGCGAUUUGGCAUACAUGAUCAGAAAAUGCCAAUAUUAGUUUCUGAUGCAAAAAUGAAGCCGAAAGAAUUUGAUGUGACAUCCACAUUAAACAAGACUACAAAUUCAUCUAAAAUUGUGUACAUCCCAAUGCAAGAUAUAAUUGUUGCUAAUAUUCAUCAAAAUUAUGGUGUACAUUACAUUUUACAUUUAUUUGAGAAAUUUAGUCCAGUUUCAGCGACGGUUGUAAAGACGAUUUCGAAAACUAAUAUACGAUAUUGUCACAUUUAUUUUAAAACUGUACAAGAUGCGAUAGCUGUUGAAGAAGAAUUUGAUAAUUUUGAUUUAUUUGGAAAAAACCUUAUUGUUUUACGAGAAUCACGUUUGAUAAAUGAAGCGUUUACGUAAUUUUGUUUUUUUCUUAU